UGAAUAAAUAGUAUCAUUAGCGUUGCACUCAACUUAAAGCUGGUCAUUGGAAAUCGAGCUUCACCGUCCACGUGGUCCAAUCCAUUUCCAUCUCCUGCGUUUACGCCGCCAUCGAUGCACACACACACACAUGUGGAUCUCACCAUUUCUUAUCGAUUCAAUUUGCUUCGCUUUCUCAGAUCCUCAUCUAAAUCGCCUUUUCAGAAUCUAUUCCAUCCCGUGAUCGUGCUCGUGCUCGUAUAUAUAUAUAUAACAAGUACAUAAGAUACUCACUCUGAUCAUUGAUUUUGGAAAUGGACAAGUAUGACGUUGUGAAGGAUCUGGGAACUGGAAAUUUCGGUGUGGCUCGCCUUCUAAGGCACAAGGACACCAAAGAGCUCGUUGCCAUGAAAUACAUCGAGAGAGGCCGCAAGGCCAGGUACUUCUUUCAACAACUGAUCUGUGGCGUCGACUACUGCCACUCCUUGCAAAUAUGCCACAGAGAUCUGAAGCUUGAGAACACACUGCUUGAUGGGAGCCCUGCUCCGCUUUUGAAAAUCUGUGAUUUUGGUUACUCUAAGUCAUCUAUACUACAUUCUAGGCCUAAAUCGACUGUUGGAACUCCAGCAUACAUAGCACCUGAAGUUCUUUCUCGCAGAGAAUAUGAUGGCAAGAACGCGGAUGUGUGGUCAUGUGGAGUAACCCUUUACGUGAUGCUUGUUGGAGCUUACCCAUUUGAGGACCCUAAUGAUCCAAAGAAUUUCAGGAAAACAAUCCAACGUAUAAUGGCUAUACAAUAUAAGAUCCCGGACUACGUUCACAUAUCUCAGGAAUGCAAACACCUUCUCUCUCGCAUAUUCGUCACUAACCCACUUAAGAGAAUCACGCUUAAGGAGAUCAAGAAUCAUCCUUGGUAUUUAAAGAAUUUGCCAAAGGAGCUGCUUGAGUCGGCUCAAGCUGUGUAUUACAAGAGAGACAACACAAGCUAUUCUCUUCAAAGCAUAGAGGACAUAAUGAAGAUAGUUGGAGAAGCAAGGAAUCCAGCUUCAUCUUCUAGUGUCAGCAAAAGCUUGGGAUCAGGAGGUGAGGAAGAAGAUGAAGAGGAAGAGGACGUUGAAGCUGAAGUGGAAGAGGAAGAGGAAGAAGAUGAAUACGAGAAGCAUGUCAAAGAGGCACAGUCUUGUCAAGAGCCUCACAAAGCUUAAAAGAAAAAAAGAAAAAAUGGUCUCUGUUUCUCUCGUUUCAUUUCAAAGGCAAAGGGUGUAAACUACUUCGUACAGGUUAUUUCACUUUUCCAUGUGAUGUCUGCAAACGUUUUCGUCUUAUCAGUUGGCUAGUGUUUCUCAAAGAAAUGAACAUCGAUACUCUUUGAAUGUGAUAUGCUGUCAGAUCUUCAGAGGUUGUUCUAUACUAGGAAGCAAAGGCUGUAUGAUGAUAUUAAAAAAUGAUGUCUUUGUUUGCAAAUCCCAAUUUUAACAUAUUUCUGAGUUUAUCGCCAAGAAAA